GCCAUGGCGGCGCCCGGACGGAGGUGGUCUGUGCUGCUGUUUCGAGCGCUGCAGUCACUGCCCGCGCGCCGGGCCCUGCAUGACACGGCUCCGCCACGGGAUGUGCUGCUCUUUGAGCACGAGCGGGGCCGCUUCUUCGCCGUCCUCGGGCUAUUCUGCGCCGGCCAGGGCGUCUUCUGGGCUUCCCUGGCCAUUGCCUCCUUGGCCCGUCCCCCAACCCCGGUUCGUCCAACAGACGCCAAGUCCCCAGACCAUAGCCACUUGGACCUGCGCUCUACGCUCUGGCGCUACGGCCUUGCUGUCGGCUGCGGCGCCAUCGGUUCGCUGGUACUUGGUGCUGGUCUUCUCUUUUCCCUCCGCUCUGUACGUUCAGUGAUGCUGCGGGCUGGAGGGAAGCAAGUGACCCUCACCACUCAUGCCCCCUUUGGUUGGGGUGCCCAUUUUACGGUUCCCUUAAACCAGGUAUCUUGCAUGGCCCACCGGGGAGAAGUCCCUGCAAUGUUGCCUCUGAAAGUCAAAGGCCGACGCUUCUACUUCCUCUUGGACAAAGCUGGACAUUUCCCCAACACGAAACUUUUUGACAACACUGUGGGUGCCUACCGUAGCUUGUGAAGAAGCAACCUCAGGUCACUAAGGUUCAGAAUAAAAACUGAACUUUAGGGAUGCGGUGAUAACCAGGGUCACACAGGGGGCCCAGAAUUCAUUAACAGCAAAUAAAAGAGCAGUCAUCCCAAGGGCAGCUACCUGCCCAUACCUCUUGA